GAAACGUUCAGUCAGCAGGUGUGAUCGAGGAUAUAACAAACUAGAGAUAUUAUAGCACGGGAUUACUUAUCGAAAUAAUUUAUUCGAUUAAUCAAUGGUGGUCCCUUCCUUUUAUCGUCUUUCUGUGAUUAUUUAAAAUUUUUUUUUUUUUUUUACAAUCUUUAUUUUCCCCCGCCAACCAAUUCACUUCAUCGUUGCACUUUUGGCCGCGUAUAUACGAAUACUUUUAAUUACAAGCAAAUAUAUCAGGAUAAUAAUAAAAAGAGGAAGGAGGGAAGGGGAGAAAGAAAAAACGAAGAUCUUUUCAAACUGAAUGAACUACUUAUUUUUUUUUUUUUCUUUUCUUUUUUCUUAUUUUUUUCUUCUUUUUUUUCCAUCUAAGCCUUAAGAGAUGUAAAAAGGAGAAAUGAAAGGAUAAGAGAAGAGGAAAGUUGGAACGAAAUUUGGAAUGUUUGAGGAAAUAAGGGUGAUAGAAUGAGAUGUUAGAUAAUUUGAAAAAAAGAAUUGUGUUAUAUAUAUAUAUAUAUAUAUAUAUAUAUAUAUAUAUAUAUAUAUAUAUAUAUAUUAUUUUCUCACAACAGAGAUAGAGAGAGAGAAAGAAGAGAGAAAGAAAAAGAGAGGGAGAGAGAGAGAGGGAGAGAGAACGCCGUCAUAGAAAUGAUGCGGUAUUCUAAAAUCCGCAAAAAUGCGGCGUGGUAUUGCAAUAUUAAUAGAGCUAGGUAAUUAUUUAUAGGAACAAUUAUUUAUAGAAGGAGAAGAGAAAUAAGAAACAAUUAAUAACAAUAACAACAAAAAGAAAAUGAUUAAUUGGUUCUCAUUAAGAAGAGUUACCCUUGUAAAUUUAUAAAUGCAAAAAAUUUUCAGUAAUCUCAAAACAAUAAUGUUGUUAUUGAAAGCAUAAAAGCUUAUCUAUAAGAAAAAGAAAAAACAUAAAAACAACAACAAGAAAAACAACAACAAAAAGGAGGUUUAUAUAUAUAUAUAUAUAACAAUUAUACAUAUAUAUAGUGUCGUGGGGGAGACAUGUAAAUUGAAAUUGUCAUUAAUUCAGAAUUAAGUAUAUGGGAAAUCGGUUUUCAAAGUCUAACGCUUUACCCCGAUGCGAUGCUUGAUGAUAGAAAGGACUCCGUAGGAAACAUGUUAAUUGUCUUAUUUGCACCGAUCAUCCAGUUAAUCUCAAAGAAGUGUAGUUAGACAUAUUGUGAGUUUAUUCAUGAUUCUAGUAAUAAAGAUAAACAAAAUAAAAUAAAAAAAAAAA